AGCCCGAGCUGAGCCACAACAGGAGAUGCUUCGAGGAGGAUUUCCACGCUCAAGUGCCGGGCAGGAGGUGGCUGGAGCUGGACGGGGCCCAGCAGAAGGCCUUUGUCAUGCGCCUGCUGGACGGGCUGGAGGUGGUCAACAGGGACAGGAGGCUCCGGGUGGCCCGGGCCAUCCUCUACCUGGCACAGGGUGUGUUUGGGGACUGCGAUAACGAGGGCGAUGUCCUGCACUGGUCUCGGCACAACAGCUUCCUCCUGUACCGCCUGGGCACCUUCUCCGCCUUCCUGGAGCUGCUCAACAUGGAGAUCGAGAACAGCCAGGCCUGCAGCAGCGCCCUGCGGAAGCCGGCCAUCUCCCUGGCUGACAGCACAGAGCUCAGGGUCCUGCUCAGUGUCAUGUACCUGAUGGUGGAGAACAUCCGUGUGGAGCAGGAGGCGGAUCCGCCCGAGUGGAAAACCUGCCGGGAGACCUUCAGGAUGGAGCUGAGUUUCCCUGUGCACACGGAGGAGCCGUUUGCUCUCCUGCUCUUCACGAUGGUGACCAAGUUCUGCAGCGGCCACGCUCCACACUUCCCCAUGAAGAAGGUCCUGCUCCUGCUCUGGAAGGUGCUCCUGUUCACGCUGGGCGGGUUCGAGGCCCUGCAGGCCAUGAAGGUGCGGCGGCGGGAGGAGCUGGGGCUGCCCCCCCUGCCCGAGGACAGCAUCCAGGUGGUCCGGAGCAUGAGGGCGGCCUCUCCUCCCACCUACUCCAUCGAGCUCGUGGAGCAGCAGCAGCAGCAGAAGCGGGGCCACCGCAGCCGCAGGCCCCUGGUGAAGCAGGACAGCUUGGACAUCUACAACGAGAGAGACCCCUUCAAGAACGACGAGGCAGGAGUGGAGGAGGAGGAGAACGACGACGUGGACAGCGGGAUCGAGGGGGAGCUGGACCUGAUGGAGCGGGACACGAUCGUCCCUCCCCUGCCCCCCCAGCGCCUGCCCAUCGAGAGGGUGUCCUUCCCCAAGGGGCUGCCCUGGGCCCCCAAAGUCAGACAGAAGGACAUCGAGCAUUUCCUGGAAGCAAGCAGGAACAAAUUCAUCGGAUUCACGCUGGGACAGGACACCGAGACCCUGAUCGGGCUCCCACGGCCCAUCCAUGAAAGUGUGAAGACCCUGAAGCAGCACAAGUACGUCUCCAUCUCGGAUGUCCAGAUCAAGAACGAGGAGGAGCUGGAGAAGUGCCCCAUGUCUCUGGGGGAAGAGGAAGUCCAAGAAACCCCCUGUGAGGUCCUGUAUCGAGCCAUGUUGUACAACCUCCCCCAGUACAUGAUAGCCCUGCUGAAGAUCCUCCUGGCUGCUGCCCCCACCUCCAAAGCCAAGACUGACUCCAUCAACAUCCUGGCGGACGUGCUGCCCGAGGAGAUGCCUGUCACCGUCCUGCAGAGCAUGAAGCUGGGCAUCGACGUCAACAGGCACAAGGAGAUCAUCGUCAAGAGCAUCUCGGCCUCGCUGCUGCUGCUCCUCAAGCACUUGAAGCUCAACCACAUCUACCAGUUCGAGUACGUGUCCCAGCACCUGGUGUUUGCCAACUGCAUCCCUCUGAUCCUGAAGUUCUUCAACCAGAACAUCAUGUCCUACAUCACUGCCAAGAACGGGGUCUCCGUCCUGGAUUAUCCUCAUUGCACAGUCCAUGACCUGCCCGAGCUCACGGCAGAAAGCCUGGAAGCUGGAGACAACAACCAGUUCUGCUGGAGGAACCUGUUCUCCUGCAUCAACCUGCUGAGGAUCCUCAACAAGCUGACCAAGUGGAAGCACUCGAGGACAAUGAUGUUGGUGGUGUUCAAGUCGGCGCCGAUCCUGAAGCGGGCCCUGAAGGUGAAGCAGGCCAUGCUGCAGCUCUACGUGCUCAAGCUGCUCAAGAUCCAGACCAAGUACCUGGGGCGCCAGUGGAGGAAGAGCAACAUGAAGACCAUGUCGGCCAUCUACCAGAAGGUGCGGCACCGCAUGAACGACGACUGGGCCUACGGCAACGACAUCGACGCCAGGCCGUGGGACUUCCAGGCCGAGGAGUGCACCCUGCGGGCCAACAUCGAGGCCUUCAACAGCCGCCGCUACGAGCGGGCGCGGCCCCCCGAGUUCGCCCCGGUGGACAACUGCCUGCAGAGCGUGCUGGGCCAGCGCCUCGACCUGCCCCGGGACUUCCACUACUCCUACGAGCUCUGGCUGGAGCGGGAGGUGUUUUCCCAGCCCAUUCGCUGGGAGGAGCUGCUGCACUGCCAGUGACGCGGGCCCGCCGCGGCCAGGCCUCACCAGGCCUCGCUAGGCCUCGCCAGGCCUCGCCAGGCCUCACCAGGCCUCACCAGGCCUCAUGGGGCUGUGGGCAUGGGGGAGGAGGUUGGUUUGGACCAGGGUGGUCUCAAGUGCUCUUCCCCAAGAGACCAAACCUCUUCUUGUCUACCCAGACGCUGCCAAGGUGCCACCUUUCUGGAGGCCACCCCUUUGCUGUGACGUCUCGGAGCACUUCUCAGGCCACGGAGCGGCCCCGGCUUCGAGGGGUUGUUGCGGCCUUUUGUUUGUCCCAGUUUUCCCGGUUUUUGGGGUUUAGGAGCCCGUAAUAAGCUCACUCACGUGGUCUUUGCCGCAGCCUGAGGGCUGUCCCUCAGCUGGGGUCACGCCUGUUGGUUUGGUGUUGCUGUUCCCCCUGGCUGGUAAAGGUUUCCAUCUCUGGAAUUCCCCCUGGCUGGGAAAGUUCCCAUCUCUCCCGAAUUCCCCCUGGCUGGAAAAGGUUCCCGUCUCUCCCUAAUUCCUCCUGGCUGGGAAAGGUUCCCAUCUUCAUUUCUUCCCUUACCGCUGCCGAUGUGCUUCCAACGCCACCGUGGUGGUGACUCUGAUGGGAUCACUGGGAAUGCCUCCAACCAACCUGACUUGGCCAAUGGAGACAACAUUCCCUGCUGUCCUUGGGAUCCAUGACCCAACUCCCAGGGGGUCGGUUCCACAAGUGACAGUCCGUUCCCUUCCCACCGCUCCGCUUCCCUCCGCCGUUCCCUUCCAUCCCGUUUUUCCAGGAGCGACCCCACGCCUGCGCUGGGCGGUGUUUCGGGUUGGUUGUCUCUUCCUCCUGGUUGUUUUCGAAGGAUAAUUCCUCCAGCACUGGGAUUCCAGGUUGCUCUUUAAGCCCUUCCAGCCCUGGAGGAGACAGGGAACCACCACACCAAACAACCGGAUUUUCACGCGGAUUUUGGGGGAAUUAUCCGGGGGAAUUGUUCCUGCCAGGCCCUGCAGGGGGGAGGGAAAGCGCUUUGCUUGACUGUUUGUUGCGGUAAGGUGAGGAGAAGUGGGGACACUGCGGCUCACAGUUUUCCUAGUGAACAGCACACGAAGCUGUAAAUUUUCUCUGAGUUUGGUAACUUAAAUUAAUACUUAAAUAAUAAAAGCUACACCCGGGUAAGGCCGUGCUGCAUGAGGGUGGCAUUUGUCAGAGCGUUCUGUGUUAGCCCAGUGGGCUGUGCUGUUAUCAAUAAAUCAAACCCACGAGUUUUGUUAGGAUGAGAUUUUGUGCUUUUUUUUUGUGCUGUGGAGCUGCCCUGGGAAUGUUUCCUUCGCGGGGUUUGUCCGAGGUGUUGUUCCUGGGAGCGGCAUUAAAGCCUCUAAAAACCUUUCUGAACGUGCUUUUGUUCAAAAUAACCCGGAGCCGCUUGGAAAGGGCUUCUCUUUAUUUCACCGUGUUCUUCCCG